AUGGCACACUAUAUCCCCACAACAUUCGACUAUACACGCGUGGAAAUCUGGGUGCCGUUGAUUGUGGGGGCGCGGAUUGCUAUUCUGCCCUACGCUGAUGCCUUUGACGGGCGUACCCUGGAAUCAACACUCCGAAAGUCAAGAGCAUUCUCGACGUUGAGGAUGGUUCUUUUCGGGGGCGAUGCUGCUAACCCCAAGGCUGUUGCCAGAUUACUCGAAAGUGGCGGGGCGCCUAAAGACACCCAUUCUGAGCCCGUGAGCAUUGGAAGGCCGACUGGAGAUACUGUUGUUCAUAUUCUCGACGACGCAUUGCAACCUGUCCCCGGUGGAGAGGUCGGAGAGGUUUUCCUAGGUGGGCCGGGAGUAUCGCGGGGAUAUAUGAACGCCCAGGCGAAGAACACGACUUCUUUUAUCAACAUCAAAAGCCCCCCAGGCUUAGAUGAAACAACUCGUGUAUAUCGGACGGGGGACCUCGUUCGACAUGACCCCUCGUCUGGGCAGAUCUAUUAUCUUGGCCGGCAGGACCACCAGGUUACCAUUUUUACCAUGCGUAUUGAACUAGCUGCAGUGAAAGCAACACUCAUGAAGACCGGUCGAUUUGUGGACGCUGUGGCGUUGGCAAUCCACUCUCUGAUCAAAGAAAUGGGCAAGCUACUUGUUUCGUACAUAAUCCCUGCUGAGGAUGUCGCCAACGACAAAGUUUGGAUGGAUUUGAGAGCGCCCUAA